UAGGGGAGCAGGUCGAGAGCGAGCGAAACGAACGCGCUAAUAAGAAUCUGUCAGUCAGUCGGAAACGGAACGCAGAUCGCAGAAUGGAAGAAGGGAAUAAAGAAUCGAGUUUGUGAAUCGUGUUGUGACAAACAGUGGGAUAAUAACACCGCAGCACCGGGGUUUCGAGUCGUCUCGCUGGAAGAAAGGAAAGAAGCGUUCCCGCUUCCCCCGAAUGCAUAGGGGAUAGGCGGCUCGGUCGAAGCAACAGGCAACAGGGCCAAUUCUCUCGGUCGUAUAUCGUAUCGGUUCAGUUGAAUCCCAGUCCUGUAGCAGCGCGUUCGUCGUCGCGCGGCUCCGCACCAAGACCAAGAGGACAUUCGAGUCCGCGCUUUUGCGUCAAUGAAAAAACCAACGAUAACAACCGUGUGAUAUUUCGACAAUAACGCGCCGCGACUACCACCGUCUACACGGAAGUGCCUUAAAUUUCGCACGAUGGCGCUCAACCAAGACGAGGCGAAGCAAGUGCUCAGAGUGGACCAGGACUCGGAGACCGAUCUGAAGGCGCUCUUCGACAUCGUCCUCAAGCCGGACUCGAAGCGGCCCUUGCAGGUGCCGUGGAGCAUGCGGAAGCUGCCCGAUUCGUUCUUCAACCCGCCAUCGACGGGCUCCAAGUCCAUCAACCAUUCGCGCGAGAACUCCGUCGACUCCGCUUUCGGCGGCGGCGGCGGCGGCGGCGCCGGAAGCGGCUCCGGCUCCGGUGCCGCCGUCAAUUCGGUGCCGUUGCAGACGGCCCAUCACAGGGCGCACAGCUCGCCGGCCUCGCUGCAGCAGACCUACGCCGUCGGCCAGCAACAGGCUCCGGUCCAUCACAUAAAACAAAGGUCGUACGACGUGGCCAGCAAAACCGAGGAUAACACCCCCUUGCCGCCCGGAUGGGAACAGGCCCGCACCCCGGAGGGACAGGUGUAUUAUUUGAACCACACUACGCGCACGACGACCUGGGAGGAUCCGAGGAAAUCGCUGGCCGCCCAAACCGCCGCCCAACAGCACCAAAGCGCCGAGCAGUUGCUGUCGUCGCAUCAAAUACCUCACCCCCAGUCGCCUAAUUCUAACACUGCCAAAGUUAAUACAGAUGUAGACUUAGGGCCUUUACCUGAAGGAUGGGAGCAGGCGCAAACUGCUGAAGGUGAAAUCUAUUUCAUUAACCAUCAAACCCGUACAACUUCGUGGUUCGAUCCUAGAAUUCCGACACACCUGCAAACGCGCACGUCGGGCGGCAACAUCAUCGGCUCCACGUGGCAUUCGCCGGCGCUGUCCUCGUCACCCGCCAAGGCGCAGCAGAUCAGGCUGCAGCAGCUGCAGCUGGAGCGCGAGAGACUGAAGCAGAGACAGCAGGAGAUCAGGCGGCAGCAGGAGAUCAUGAUGAGGAGCUCCAACGAUCUGUCGUCGGUCAUGGACCCGUUCCUGUCCAGCCUGACGGACCAUUCUAGGCAGGAAUCCGGCGACAGCGGAUUGGGAAUGGGAACGACGUAUUCGAUGCCCCAUACACCGGAAGAUUUCCUGACGAAUAUGGACGAUAACAUGGACGUGGGCAGCGGCAGUCACACGAUGGACACGCCGGAUAUUUCGACCAUAAGCGAUCACAUCGAUUCCACGGACGAUUUGGAGCCCACGUUGCAAUUGGGAGAGGAAGAGUUCCCGAUUUUGGCCGACGUGCAGUCCUUGAUCAAUCCUCCCACAACAAGACCUGAUAAUGUACUCAUCUGGUUGUAACUUAAGUGCCUAAAUUUAUCAGAAAUCUGCUCAUAUCCUUUUUUUUUUAUUAGAGUUAAAAUGGCAGUUUAAUCGUUUAGUGAAAAUCUUUUUUUUUUCUUAUUCAGUUAGUUAAAUUAUUUAUUAGAUGAACAUUGGUCAUUGCUACAAAUUUCGAAAUUUUACAAAAAAAGAGGGCGAGAGAAUAUUGAUGGUGUGUUGUGUUUUUUUCGGCAUCUAGCGAAGCACGAGAAGUGAUUCAUUUGCAAUAUAUCGUAUAUCCGAAGCAAUAAAUUUUUUUAUGAUAUUUUAAUAUAAACUUGUUAAUUUUGAAAUUUUAACAUUUGUAUUUUUUGUCACAUUUUAUGGGGACGUUAUCUUACUGUUGGGUAUGUUUUUCAUACAUAUAUAGUUUUUAAUUUAUCAUCUAAGGUAAUUGUUAAAUUAUAUUAUAUCCGAUUACUUACAACAAAAACAUGUACCGUUUCGUUUUAAUGUUUAAACUACUUUUAUUCUCAACAAAUUUUCGCAUGUAAACAAAUUUUUCUAAAAAUGACGUUAACCUACCUAUUGUUAAAUUUUAUAUGAUCUUCACCUAAAAUGUGCAAUAUUCAGUGGUAUUAUAUUAUUGGUGCUUUAGCUUGUAAUGAAACAUACCGUUUCUACAUUUUUAUUACACUGCAUACUUUUUUACGAAUAAUUUAAUCACAAUGAAGCUCUAUAUGAAAUUUGUUCCCUAUUACUUGCACUUACAACCGAAUUACAAUCAUCUAAUACGUGUUACAUUUAUAGGGCUAUAAUGUUUACUAUUACUUCACUGUUUGUUACUCCAAAUAUUGUUUGUAUCAGAUUAACAACAUUAUGAAACCCGCAAUGAGAUUAGUUUUGUAAUAUUCUGUUCGUUAUAACUACAUUUAUUUGCAGUGUUUAAAUAAGUUAGCGCCAACUGUAUGAAAUGUUCUUGAUUGCAAAAGCAAUGAAAUCAGUAUUCUUAAAUACGUUUGCGUGUCACAUUUUAGAGAACAUUUGGAUACAUUAUUAUUCUUAAGAAACUUGCACUGGUUGUUCAUCAAGUGAAUGAUGCUAAGUGCAGAAACUUUAAUUAAACUGUUUCUGAUAAUCGAAUAUUAUCAUGAAAUAUGAUGCUCAUGAAUAUAUAAUAUAUUUAUAUAUAAUAUACAAAUCCAUCCAUUUUGGUGCCUUUAAUAUUUGUACAUAAAUCGACUUUUUUUGUAGUUUUAAGUUAUUAAUAUGUAUUUUUUAUUAUAUAUACACACACAUUUUAACUUGAAUAUGACAUUUAAAAAAAUGCUUAUUAGGCAGCUAUAGCUUGGUAUUAAGGCCUUUUCCGUAAAACAAUAAUCGUUAAAACUUAUAUCAAUGUUGAAGUGGUAAUUGUGCACUUUUAUCACCGAAAGAUUGUUAAAUUUUAUCCAGUACAUUUUUUAUAAAUGUCAUAUAUGCAGUGCCUUGUAAGAGAGUCGUUACUGUGUUAAGAAAGUUCAAGCCUUCGAUUUGUACCUUUUAUACUAGAAGCUUGAUUUUACUUACUGUAGUUUAAAUUUAUCGGUGUCAUCACAGUUGGUUGUUUUGCUGGCAAAAUGUACCUUAAAUCUGUUUGGACUUAUUAUUCUCAUGAAUGUGUACAAACAUUUUGCUAUGGAGAUUGCAUAUCAGUUGGUUAAUUUUGUUGGCAGCGCUUGAAAAUUGUAAGAAAAAUUUCGCCGUUUUUUUCGAAAGAUAUACUUAGUUAUCGUUUACUUAAAUAUUUUUAUUUUAAGGUAAUUUUCAAGCUACUUAUGUGAUUCGCAUAAUUCACUCAUUCGCACAACAUACUUGUCUGUUUAACGACAUAUUUUUUCAUUUAUCUGCAUUUUUUUUGUAUUGUAUGUAUACAAGGUGUCCGUUGUGUCGUUGUAUUCAAAAUCUAGUGAGCGUAAUUUAAAAUCUCUUCAACUGAACUCUAUUAGAAUCCUUAAAACAAAACAAAAGGUGUAGGUAAAUUAUUUUUUGUUAUGUUGAGGGUUGAUAAUUAUGCUCACAAAAUUGAAUAUAGAGAUGACCUGUAUUUUCUUUUACGUCUGUAAAAUUUUUCAUCUUUGGGAAAAUUCUGAAUGGUAUGCAUUAAUAAAUAUACCCCACGAUGUUAAUGUUAAUUAAAUCACUUUGAUAUGUUCUAAAUGUAUAUAAAUCAGUUCAUAGUGCAUAUAUUUGUUUUAGAAAAUUUUUACAGACAUUUACUAUAGGGGUAUUCACAAUUUUCAGUUUAACAUGGCAAGUCUUUUAGAACGGAGAGUUGACAUAUUAAAUUCAAAUAGUUAACACCCCAAAUGAAUACUAUGUAUAUAAGGGGGUAAUCACGAUGUUGAGUUUAAUAUGCUGUGUCCUCGUAUUUGUUAUUUGCGUAAGUGCAUUCACUUAAAAACGUGAUUACUUUUAUAAUGUCGGGUACUUUCAUCUUAGAAUAUUCGAAAUUAUUCCUAGAAUAACUUUUCUGUACUGUAAAAUAUUUAAAGAGCUAUCCUAGGGCUAAAUUUCCCUAUUUCAAGAUGAAGGUACCAGCACUAAAUUGUGUUUGGUUUACUAAAACGUAAUAAGUAGUAAUUUUUUUGUAACUAUAACAAUUUUGUAUGUUUUUCAAAAAAAAACAACAGUAAGAUUGGUAUUGUAAUUUAUUUUUGUGAAUUGUAUCAGACUUAUCAGUUGUAAAUAUAUAUAUUUAAAAUUACAUUAUUGCAAUUUUGCAGUAAUUAGACAUUUUAUGUGUCAUGGUUUUUUUACCCUCGCUUCAGAUGGAAAAUUGCACGAUGUUUUGUAUAUUAUGUGCACAUUUUCAUCUUCCGAGAUACAUAAGGUCUUUAUAGAUACAUCCCCUAAACAUCAUGUAACUUGUACAUUAUAACAUACAUAAUCUUGUAACAUGUUCCCUGGUUACCUGGACCGUUUUACAAAUUAAAUGUUACACCAUGUAACGUUACGGAUCAAAUAUUCUGACCUCAUGCAUCUUGCAAGAUGACAACAUGCUAAUAUAUAAAAAAACUAUCUGCAAUAUUCCAAAUGUAGAUAGAUAAUUAUCGAGACCUUACCUAGUACUGAAAAUACUGACCCUAAAAUGUAAAAUAUUUAAAAGGAGAAUUGUGUUAAUUUCUUUAUUUAGGAUCAUCAAAAAUAUUACAAUCCUACUUAAGAUCUACUAAAGGCACAGCAAGCGUACUUAUCGUACAGAGAGGAUAAUAAAUUCUAAUAUAACACUGGUAAGGUAAAAAGGUCUGUACAAAAUAAGCUAAUAAACAAAAAUUAACACAAGACUAUAUAACAGUAUUGGUUCCAAGAAUGUGAUGGAAAAAAAUAGCAACAAAUUUAAUUCCAUAAUAAAAAAUGAAAAAAAAAUGUACAGAAGAUUCAAAACUGAGAUUAUUAAAUUUAUUGCGUUAGUUGGUAAAUUCAUUAACGCACAGAUAAAAGGAUACUUUAAUAUUAUCCUUCAUAUAAAUUCAUCUGCACAUUGAUAAAUUCGUUCUAAGGCCCAUUAUUUUUUUCUUCAGAUAGUGAAAUUUAUACAGAGGAUGACUUUAAACACAAGUUAAAAGUUAUCAUCGGGUUAAAACUUCGAAAUCUAAAGGUAUAAAAAUAUCGGAUUUAAAAGUGUUAAAACUAACUUAAAUUGUAGGAGGUGUCCACGAAAAUAAUAAAUGUUUGAUAGAAACUUCUAAUUAUCAUUGAUCAAAAAUUAUACCUUCAUUAUUAUUAUACGAGACACUUGUAUCCCCAACGAUUUUUUUUUCUAUAAAUAAUGAAGAUUUUAUACACAAAACGAAUAGAUUAGGGAUUAGGCUGUCCUAGUAGCCACAAAUUUUCCAACAUUCCACGUUUAAUUACGAUGGUGGACUGAUUUGGAUUUUAUGGUAGUUCAAUUAAAUUAUAUCAACGCAUAAUAAAACUAUUACAGGAAUACAUAAUUCAGCUAGAUCUGAACUAAAGUUAUUAUUAGACUGAACAUAUUUUUAACUAACCAGUUAAGUGCUAUAGUUAUAAAAAGUUUUACCGAAACUUCCAAAACUGUAAUACCUAACGAUUUAAAAAAUGAAUAAUAGAUGACUUUUCCGGAACAAUGAUAAAUAUUCCAAGCAAUCAGCACCACGAAUCAAUAUAAUCAUUGAUAAAAAAACAGGUAAAAAAAACGUUGAGCACCCUGAUAAAAGAAAGGUACAAACCUGGUGAGAAAACUCAAAAAUUCUGCGACCUUUUCCUUUUCGUGUCCAUGGCAUCUAAAAUGGGCUGUCUCUUGACUUGGUACCUUUUACGAAGCUCAUCUAUUUCCUUCUCCAUAUCCGAAUCUAGCGUGUUCAUUCUCUGUUGCAAUUCUUCGAAACUCAAAUAUUUCAACUAAAAACGUACACACAAUAAUUAAUCUGCAUUAAUUAACAUCAAGUUUGCUUACAAAUUCGAAAUCCCCAUCGUUGAAAAUUUGGUGGUAUUGAGGCUUCUGUUCCACUGGCUGGAUUUGAUGGGGUUGAGGUUGAGGCGGAAGCGGAGGUUGUUCCGUAAGCUUCACUUGGUAACUGUUUUGGUAAUUUUGCUGCCCCUCCGUCAAUUCGUUGUUUUCUAAUGUUAUAGGACUCGAAAUACCGUUACCCU